AUAGCGAGGCAAGCAGGCGGUCGGGAGGGAGGGGAGUGCGGCGCGGGGUGAACCGGGAUGUCGGUGAACAUGGAGGAGCUGCGGCACCAGGUUAUGAUUAAUCAGUUCGUACUAGCGGCCGGUUGUGCGGCGGAUCAGGCUAAGCAGCUACUACAGGCGGCGCACUGGCAGUUUGAGACUGCUCUCAGCGCCUUUUUCCAGGAGUCCAAUGUCGCAAGUGCCCAGCAUCACCAACACAUGAUGUGUACCCCAAGCAACACACCAGCCACUCCGCCCAACUUCCCUGACGCUUUAGCCAUGUUUUCUAAACUGCGCACCUCAGAGAGUCUGCAGAACAGCAGCAGCCCUGCCUCCAACGCAUGCUCCCCACCAGGCAACUUCAAUCCCUAUUGGGCCUCCUCACCACCCAACCAGCAACCUGUCUGGCUCCCUCCAGCCUCUCCCACCGCACACCUCCAUCACCACCACCACCACCCUCAACCUGUGUGGCCUCCCAACUCUCAACCCACUGGAGGUCCUCAAAAAGCCAUGGCUGCUAUGGACGGGCAGAGAUAAGACUGGGCACAGAAACAACAUGGAGGGCCCGGGGGAGGGAAUUAGCUUGUGCUUUGCUCCCUCCUUUUUGUGCCACUCCCCCUGCAGUUUUCUGAACUGAUUUCAUUUUUUCCCACAGUCUUUGUUUUAUUUUAUAAACAAGAGGUUGUUCUGAUUUUGUUUUCUUUUCUCCAUGGCCAGAGGAAAAAGGGGGAGGGGCAAGAUAUUCAAUUGUUCUUUUACUUGGCUUUUUUUUUAAUAUAUAAGUAUAAUAUAUAAAGAUAAGAAUUUAUGUAAGGUGCAGGAGAUGGGAGGGUAAUCCCUGUUUUUUUUUUUUUUUUUUCCUUUCCCCCCGCCCCCCAAGUAUUUGCAGGCUUAGAGGAUGUAACAUAUUCAGUAUCUUGAAGGAGUUCCAAAACGGAGUUAGUCAAUCCUUUAAGAGGUGGGGUAUGUCUUUCACUCGGCUUAUCCCUCCUGCCUUCUCACAUACCCUACCUCCUUCCUCUAAUAGAGGAGCGAUUUGAUUUUAUUCCAGUCUUGCAGAUCAGAGUUGAAUUUAGAGACUUGUUGGGCAUCCAGAUGUUUGCUACACUAUUCCACCAUGUUGACCUACAGAAUGAAAGACUGACCUUGGCUUAAAGGAACCAUUUCAAGUGAGGAGACCAUAUAAGCUUAUUUGGGCAUUAAAAUGUGGAUUCUCUGAAGCGUGAAAGGGGGUCCGGUGCAGUAAGAAUUGCGGAAGACUGGGACUGUUACUAAGAAUGCGCUCUCCAAUGUCCAUUUGGACCUCUCGCUACUUGGAGCUGUGAUCGGACGCCAAGCACAGACAUGAUGCAAAUCCUCAAUGUUGUUUCCAGGUUGUGCCCCAAGACCAUGUUGUGGAUGGAGGCCGAGUCACAGAGGCCUUUUUCUUGGUGUUAAAGGGGCUAUGCUUUUCAGAUGUAACCAUAAAAUAGGCUACCUCUCUUCGGUAGCAUCUGAUAAGCGUUCAUAAAGCGGCACAACCUUGCACCGUCACUCCUUCUGCCGCCAACACCAAUGUUUCACUUACAGCAAUAAAAAUGACAUUUGUUCAUUUCAACAGUCAGUGGGCUUUUUAUAUGCCUAUAUUUGUUUGGGCUUGUAUUUCAUUGGAGAGAAUCUCCUAACUCGCUGCCUAUGUCUGAUCCUACCAGUCUGUUGUGCAAGAACUGUACAAUAUCAUUCAAUAUGACAUCCGAUGGGGGAAUUCGCUUGAACUGUUUUCUUUACCUGCUGUAAAACGUGCAAACUUCUUUGACCCCUGUAAUAAACUCAAAAACGUUU